GCAGAUCGCUACGGGAAGAUAAUUUUUCUUGUUCUCAAUCGGAAGGGAAUGCGUGUUUUGCGAGGAGAGAAACUAUCGACGUCUAUUAUUGUUCGUGGGUGAAAUUCAUUGAUUCGUCGACGGCAAGAUGGGCGGUGGAAACCAGUCCUAACCGGGUUAGAUUAGGUUAGGUUAAGCUUUAUAGAAUCGGCGCGCAAAUUCGGCGCGAUGAUGGACGUGGACGCAACGGAGAGGUGAACGGUGCGGGGGAGAGACGGACGAGGGCAGUGGAAGGGGAGUGCGCGAGCAGAAGUGAACGAGAACGGCGGUGGCGGCGACUUCUUUACGGACUCUUCGCCCACGAUCAUCACGGUCCGAUUUCCGCUCCGCCGCGUCAGCUGUUCCUCGGCGUGAGGCGGAAGGACAACGUUGAUUCAACGAACGACAGCCAGGGCGACGCGUCCCUACGACGUUCCCCGCGAGUGUUAAUUUGCCGCGCAGCAAACGCGCGACAGCCAACAACAAUCGACCACCCGAUCCAUCCGUGCGCGUGUACUAUCCGAGGAUGCAGCAACCGCAAGCGAACGGCAACGGCACCCCGGCUUCGCCGAGGAAAAAGCAGCGAACGUCCACUGUGAGCGACGGCCCCGUGUCGAAGGUCACGGUGGUCCUCGGCGCCCAGUGGGGCGACGAGGGCAAGGGAAAAGUCGUGGACAUGCUGGCCAUGGACGCGGACGUCGUUUGCCGGUGUCAGGGAGGAAAUAAUGCAGGGCAUACUGUAGUUGUAGAAGGUGCCGAAUUCAACUUUCACCUUCUGCCUAGCGGAAUAAUCAAUCCCAGAUGCAAAUCCGUAAUAGGCAAUGGAGUAGUGAUUCAUUUGCCUGGUCUAUUCGAUGAAUUGGAGAAGAACGAAUCUAAAGGACUUAAAGAUUGGGAGGACAGACUUAUAAUAUCAAAUCGAGCACAUAUAGUGUUUGAUUUUCACCAACAGGUUGAUAGAUUGGUGGAAUUGGAGAAAGGCACGCAGUCAUUGGGAACCACGAAGAAAGGUAUAGGGCCAGCGUAUUCGGAUAAGGCCGCCAGAAUCGGGCUCAGAAUCGGAGACCUUCUUGGAGACUUCGACAAGUUUUCUCAAAAGUUCAAUGCCUUGGUUACGUCUUACCAGAAAAUGUUUCCUGCCUUGCAUAUCGACGUUAAGGCUGAAUUGGAACGUUACAAGAUAUAUGCCGAACGUGUAAGGCCGUUAGUGAGAGAAACGGUGCAAUAUCUGCAUCAAGCAUUGAAGGAUGGCAAGAAGGUUUUGGUAGAGGGUGCCAACGCGGCGAUGCUGGACAUCGAUUUCGGAACUUAUCCAUACGUAACAAGCUCGAAUUGCAGUAUCGGUGGAGUGCUGACAGGUCUCGGCUUACCUUGCAGCACGAUCGGCGAAAUAAUCGGCGUCGUAAAAGCUUAUACGACCAGAGUUGGCGAUGGACCCUUUCCCACGGAGCUUUUAGAUUCUACAGGAGAUUUGUUGCAGAAGAGAGGCCAUGAGUUUGGCGUAACCACGAAGCGAAAAAGGCGGUGCGGAUGGCUUGAUUUGCCGUUGCUGAAAUUUACGACUAUAGUUAACGGUUAUACUUCUAUAUGCUUAACCAAGCUCGAUAUUUUGGAUACGUUACCGGAGAUAAAAAUAUGCGUUGGAUAUCGGUUAAAUGGGAAGGACAUAGAUUAUUUCCCAGGCAGCAUUUGGGAAUUGGCACAGGUCGAAACGGUGUACAAAACAAUCGAAGGCUGGCAGUCCACUACCGAGGGCGUGCGUUCCUUAGAAAAAUUGCCGCCUAAUGCACACAAAUACGUACAAAUCAUAGAGGAGUACUUAGACGUGCCAAUCAAGUGGAUUGGCGUGGGAGCGGGACGAGAAAGCGUUAUAUCGCUUUGACGACAAACGGUCAUCUCCAAAAUGUUACUUAAACGCACGACAUUAAAUGUAUUAUUAAUUUUAAUUCUAUCCGUAGCAUUUGCAAUGCAAAGCUGAUGAGCGCACAGAAAGCGACAUAUUGUAACAAUAAGUUUUCAGCGAAUGUAGUAUUAAUCUUGAACCUGAGCAAUGUAAUAAUUGUAACAAUUGUAAAUGCUUAGUCAUUUUGUAGUCGAUGUCUAACAAAUGAGCCGAAGAUUAUUAAAAAAAAUCAACUUUAUCGAUAUGUUUACAAAAAAA